CGACUAAAACUGUGGCUAUAAGAGAGACAGAUGUGAUGGACAAAGGACAAAGUUAAAUGUUCAAUUUGAAAAAUAUUACUUUGGAUGCCACAGAAACAAGGACACCACGCUUCCAGACCAGCACUGUCCACUACUGAGAGUUAGGAAACCCAUAUGACGGACACAACGACUAUGAAAAUAAGCAUCAGAUAGGAGUACAUCACUGUUCAGAACAUUCCCACAGUGGAAUUAACCAGCGGACACUGUAUAUCAGAAGCUAUUCCUGAGAGUUUACAGUCAUGUCUCCGUUCCUGAGGAUUGGUUUUUCCAGCUUUGAGAUGGACCCAGGGCUUGCCUACCAUGAAGAAGUACUCAAUCCAUACUGUGCGGUCUACAUGAAAGAGGCUGUGGAGACUGAAAAGGGUCAGGUGUACAAGCAGAAGCGUCCCACCAUGUAUCCCCCCUGGAGCAGCACAUUCGACGCUCACGUCCACAGAGGACGGGUAAUGCAUGUGGUGGUCAAGGACAAGACGGCUGAGCUAAAGACGGAGGCCACCGUCCAGCUCGACACACUCGCGUCGCGCUGCAAGAAGGAGAACGGCAAACUGGAGAUCUGGGUGGAACUGAAGCCACAGGGUCGCUUACUGAUGGAGGCGCGGUAUUUUCUGGAGAGGAGUGACGCUGCAGGUCACGGUGAACCGGAUGGAGAAACUGAACGGGAAAGAGAAGGGAUGUUCGCCCUGCACCACAGACGAGGAGCCAUCAAACAGGCCAAAGUUCACGUGGUCAAAUGUCACGAGUUUACCGCCACCUUUUUCCCUCAGCCGACUUUCUGCUCAGUCUGCAAGGAGUUUGUCUGGGGCCUGAAUAAACAGGGAUAUCAGUGUCGACAAUGCAAUGCCGCCAUCCAUAAAAAGUGUAUCGACAAAGUCAUCGCCAAAUGCACAGGCUCAGCAAUAAACAGUAAAGAAACUAUGAUCCAUAAGGAACGAUUUAAGAUUGACAUGCCUCACAGGUUUAAAGUGUAUAACUACAUGAGCCCGACCUUCUGUGAGCACUGUGGAACCCUGUUAUGGGGUCUUGCCCGGCAGGGCCUUAAAUGUGAAGAAUGUGGCAUGAACGUUCACCAUAAAUGUCAGAGGAAAGUUGCAAACCUUUGUGGCGUCAACCAGAAGCUAAUGGCAGAGGCACUGGCUAUGAUUGGGACUCAACAGCAGGCUCGGAGCUCGCGGGAUAGUGAUAUUGUUGGUCGAGAGGGUCCAGUGGGCGUAAGUCAGCCAGGGGUCACUAGAGAGCCUUCAGGCCACUUACCCAUUUCUCCUCUCACGCCUCCACCAGCUCUGCCACGCAAAGAGCAUCAAGGUAUUUCCUGGGACUCUGCAGCUAAGGGCCGCAGGCCAAGUCUUGAAGAGCCUGAGCCCCUGUAUGCCACCCCACGCAAAGAGCACCACAAAUUCACUCUAGACCAUUUUAUUCUGCAUAAGAUGCUGGGCAAAGGAAGCUUUGGAAAGGUUUUCCUGGCCGAGCUGAAAGGCUCAGGGCAGUUCUUUGCAGUGAAGGCCCUGAAGAAAGAUGUAGUUCUGAUGGAUGAUGAUGUUGAAUGCACUAUGGUGGAGAGGAGAGUGCUGUCUCUGGCCUGGGAACACCCCUUUCUCACACACCUCUACUGCACCUUCCAGACCAGGGAAAAUCUUUUCUUCGUGAUGGAGUACUUAAACGGAGGCGACUUAAUGUUCCACAUUCAGACCUGCCACAGAUUCGAUCUCCCACGGUCCACGUUCUACGCAGCAGAGAUCAUAUGCGGCCUGCAGUUUCUACAUUCUAAAGGCAUUGUGUACAGAGAUCUUAAGCUGGAUAACAUUUUACUAGACAUUGAUGGUCACAUCAAGAUUGCAGAUUUUGGAAUGUGUAAAGAGAACAUGAUUGGAGAAGCUAGAACGUGCACCUUCUGUGGAACACCAGACUACAUCGCCCCUGAGAUUCUGCUUGGGCACAAAUAUGGGACUUCUGUAGACUGGUGGUCAUUUGGUGUCCUUCUUUAUGAGAUGUUGAUUGGCCAAUCCCCAUUUCACGGACACGACGAGGAAGAGUUGUUUCAGUCGAUUCGCACUGAUGACCCAUGCUACCCACGCUGGUUACCUAGAGACGCGAAGGACAUUCUUGUAAAGCUAUUCGUCCGGGAAUCGGAGAAAAGGCUGGGAGUGAAAGGAAAUAUACGACAGCAUCCGUUCUUCAAAGAAACAGACUGGAACGCACUGGAGAAACGACAGGUGGAGCCGCCCUUCAGGCCCACUGUGAAAUCAGCAAGUGACUGUAGUAACUUCGACAAGGAGUUCAUAAAUGAGAAGCCUCGGCUCUCCGUCACGGACCGUAUCAUCAUCAACAGCGUGGACCAGAGCAUGUUUGAGAACUUCUCUUUCAUCAACCCCGGCAUGGCCCGUCUCAAGAACCCCUGA